UUUUUGUCAGCUUAGUUUUUGAUUUAUAUUUUUCAUAUAAAGUCGAUCUAUGUUUAUGACUGUAAAGCUGUAUGUUCUUCUCCCUUGAUGCUGCCAGUCUGGGAAAGAGUCGACAUGUCAAGUGUAUAAAAGGGAACACAGAUUGUAGAACGUCUUUAUUGUUGAGCCUCCAGGAGUGACUGUGUUUCAGUGAGGAGCAGUUCAGAGCUGCUGGAGAGACAAAUAACAUCUUCAGAGAUCUGUGGUUAUACUGAACCUUAUAUAAAGAAAGUAACAAUGAACAAUACUCUGUUUACUUGUUUCUUCCAAGUUCUUCAGAAUGAAUCUUACAGCUGAUGUCUGUCAGGAAUAUUCCUGUCCAGAGAGAUCUGUUUCUUUCCCUGUCUAUGUGAUUCUGUAUGUGGCCGCAGCAGCUGUGGCUCUUCUGACCGUGUGUGGAAACCUGCUGGUCAUCAUCUCUGUUAGUCACUUCAAGCAGCUGCACACUCCUGCUAACAUCCUCAUCCUCUCUUUGGCUGCGUCUGAUCUGCUGGUCGGAGUUUUUGUGAUGCCGCUUCACCUGUCUUGGGUCAUCGAGUUUUGUUGGAUUUCUGGACCAGUGAUGUGCUCGUUUUUUACAUUAGUGACUUUUCAAGCAACGUGCGUGUCUGUUCACACUGUGGCUCUAAUAUCAGUUGAUCGGUUUCUGGCUUUAAAUUUUCCUUUCUUUUACUCAGAGAAAAUCUCACCCACUGUGAUCUGCAUAGCAACUUUAUUUAACUGGCUGUUUUCACUCCUUUAUAACUUCACUCUUCUCUUCAUUAAUGGAAACUUCACUGUCAUGUGUCCAGGACAAUGUUUUUAUAUUAUUGAUAGAGUUUCAUCCUUCAUUGAUCUCCAGGUUGUGUUUCUUAUGCCAUGUACACUCAUCAUAAUAUUAUACACUCGUGUUUUUGUCAUUGUGAGGAAACAUGUGACUGCUAUAAGAGCCGUUCAGGUUCACAACAGCAAAGAAACGUCUAAAAAGAGAGUCAGUGAAAAAUCAGAGCGAAAAGCCGCAUCAGCUCUCGGGAUUCUGGUGUUUGUGUUUCUCCUGUGUUUACUGCCAUAUUUUAUCUGCUCUGUAGUGAUUUCGUACAGUAAUGAUGAUUUGUUUUAUGUCAGAGAUGUUACUGUAAUAUUUUUCUUACUGAACUCCACCAUUAAUCCCAUCAUUUAUGCCUUAUUCUAUCCAUGGUUUCAGAAAAGCUUAAAAUUAAUUUUCACAUUUAAAGUGCUUAAAAAAGACUCUUCUCUGAUGAAUGUGCUGUAGGAGUUGCUGAAUAUAAGA